AUGUCCCGCAGAGCCAACUACCCCAUAUCGACAUCUGAUGAUUCAGAUGACGACGAUUUUCAGGGUGCUUCCCCAUCUCAAGACAGGGACUCUCUGGAGACAGACACACUUGGCUCGCUGCAGGCGCUCCACAACUUUUCCAGCGCGCACCCGAAAUUCGACAGUGUCUUGAGCAGGGUUUCUGCAAAGAAUUGUAUCCACCCAUGGUCAAUCCACCUAGAAGUGGUACCGCCCUUCAGAACUGGAUCCACAGCAUAA